AUCAAUUACUUAACACCAUCGGGCGCAGGUAGAUAAGAAAGAAGGGGCAUAUUGCUGCAGGCUAAAUUUUAUGAUCUUUGCAAAGACACAAGUUGUCCAGCAUCCACACUUCUUAGAUACAACUCUAUAUACAUACUAUUUAUAUGUUAUUUGUUAGUUUUUUGAAUUGGUGCCGUUAAAUGUGAUAUUAUUGUGUGAAUUUUCUUUAAAUAUUUAAUUCUCAUUGUUUAAGAAUAAUCCGUGAUGCAGAAUGUGACAACAAUGCCGUCAACAUCAUCAGAACGGACUCCUUUAACUGCUGGAAAUAUUCCACCAACAUAUGUUUAUCAUGCAACUCGACUUCGCGAGCAUAAACGGCGGAUUCGACAAUUUCAGUGUUGUAUCUGUGCAACAUUAUUGGCCUUAUUCGUUGUUAUGUUAAUCAUUUCAAUAUCAUACACAAUAAACCAUGAAUUUACGAAUAGUACUAUUGUUCCAACACCUGCAAAUUUGUCAACGGUACCACGAUUAAAUUUAAAAUUAUCUGUUGGUACAUAUCCAAGGGAAGAUGUUCAACCAGCAGUCGAAUUAGAACCUUUAACAAGAGAAGAUUGGGAUAUUAUAAAUACAAUUGGUGCACAAGCUUUGGCCACACGAGACAGAUAUGAAGCAUUAGAUUCAGCACCCCUAUCAUCCGAUUCACCAAGUUACAGACAUCAAAAAUCUGUGCCAACAUCAAUUCAUGCAACAGAACUUUCACGUGGUGGUUAUGCAUCUAUUUUUGCGACUAAAGAGUUAAUUAAACGAAAUAAUAUUUCCCUCUCAACUAUACCGCACUGGGGAAAAACAGAAUCUUCAAUUUUUUCAAAUAUUUCUUGGUGGCCUGUUGGUUAUUGUGAUUAUAUUCAAAAUCAAGAGCAUACAUCUUGCAGUCCAAAUGAAAGAUAUCGUACUAUUGAUGGGAGUUGUAACAAUUUGAGACGUAAAUAUGAUUGGGGUGUAGCGUUUACUAAAUUCAGAAGAGCUUUACCUCCAGUUUAUAAUGAUGAAAUAUCAGAGCCAAGAAAAGCAGUUGAUGGUUCUGAUUUACCAUCAGCUCGAGAAGUAAGUGUAGUUGUCCAUCGACCAGUUUAUAGAGACGAUCCAAAAUUUACUGUCAUGUUAGCUGUUUGGGGACAAUUUAUGGAUCAUGAUAUAACAGCAACAGCACUUAAUCAAGGUGCUAAUGGAAAAACUAUAUCAUGCUGCCAAGCAGUUGAAACUCCAGGCCUAAAACCACAUCCAGAAUGUUUUCCAGUACGUUUAGCACCUGGAGAUCCAUAUUAUGAAAAAUUUAAUGUUACAUGUAUGGAGUUUGUGAGAUCGGCUGCUUCUCCCACUUGUUCUUUAGGCCCUCGUGAACAACUGAAUCAAGUUAGUGCGUACUUAGAUGGUUCGGCAGUUUAUGGAUCAACUACUGAAUUAUGUAACAAAUUGCGUAGUUUUGAUGGGGGAUUAAUGAAAACAUAUUUAACAGAUGAUAAUAGGGAAUUAUUACCAAUUUCUACAGAUCCUAAUGACGGAUGUAAUCGUGUUGAAUUGAAUAAACAAGGAAAAUACUGUUUCUUAUCAGGUGAUGCGAGGGCUAAUGAAAAUUUACAUUUGACUACAAUGCACUUAUUAUGGGUGCGACAGCACAACAAAAUUGCUAUUGACCUACUAAAGCUCAAUCCAAGUUGGUCUGAUGAAAGAAUAUUUCAAGAAUCGAGAAGAAUAGUAUCUGCCCAAAUCCAACAUAUUACCUACAAUGAAUUUUUACCAAUAUUACUUGGCCCACAACUGAUGUCUGAAACAAACUUAUACUCUGCCAAUGACCAGUUUUAUUACGAGUACAAUGACACAAUUGAUGCCUCUAUUGCUAAUGAAUUUGCUGGUGCAGUUUUCCGAUUUGCCCAUACUUUAUUACCCACUUUAAUGAAAAGUUUAUCAAAUGAUACUUCUAGUCCAUCUUUCAUUGAAAUGCACAAAUUAUUAUUUAAUCCAUACAACUUAUAUAACGAAGGUGGAAUGGAUAGUGCAUUACGAGGAGCAAUGCACACAAAUGUUGAAGCCAUGGACACAUAUUUCUCAAAAGAGUUUAAACAACAUUUAUUUGAACGAGAUUCUGAAAUAUUAAAUUACGACGCAAAAUCAAAAAAACCAGCACCUUGUGGCUUAGAUUUGGUAUCGUUAAAUAUACAACGAGGUCGUGAUCACGGAUUAGCAACAUAUCCACAAUGGCGUGAAUUUUGUGGUUUAUCUAAACCAGAAAGUUUCGAUGAUUUGAUUGACGUCAUGGAUCCAGAUUCACUAAAUAGAAUUUCAUCGAUUUACAAGGAUGUAAAUGAUGUUGACUUAUAUACCGGUGCGUUGAGUGAGUAUCCUCGUGAAGGUGGAAUUCUUGGUGAUACAGCUACCUGUUUAAUUGUUGAUCAAUUUAUUCGUAUAAAACGUGGAGAUCGUUAUUGGUAUGAAACCAAUGAACAACCACAAGCUUUUACAGUGGAACAAUUGAAUGAGAUUCGUAAAACAACGUUGGCGCGAAUUAUUUGUGAUAAUUCUGAUAACAUAACGGUAAUUCAACCGCAUGUUAUGAUGAAUGAUAAAAUUUACAACAAUAAUCGAAUUGCGUGUACAGAAAUUACUAAAAUUAAUUUGAAAUUUUGGAAGGAAUAAAUAUUUUACAGAUGUUUAGUAGUUUUUAAGGUUAUUCUUUUAGAUUGAUAUGUCCGAAUUAUUUAUCAAACUGUAUACAUAGCUCAAAAAUAUUUCCAGCUUCAGUAGUAUUUAACAUCUAUUCAAGCCAAACGUACACAAUCUUACUGUCUCGUUCGAAAUUAUUAAAAUUUUAAUGAUUUUGAAUUGUUUUAAAUCGUUUGUCUUAAACUAAGAGAGCAAACAUCAAAUCGGAAAUAAAUAUCAGCUUUGUUUUUUUAUAAAAUAUAACAUAUUUAGUUCUUAUGAGACAAAAAUUCACAAAAUUAAUAUCCGAGAAGUCAUAAAUAUGGACAUUAACAGAGCCAUAUCAAAGAGCCCCUAGAUUAGGUCUCAUAAUAAUUUCAUAUUUUUUUAAAUUCAGUCGAUGGUUGAAUGAAUAGCCUUAAUUAAAUUAUUUAAUAAUUUUAGACUGAUUUCAUUUACUUGUUCCUGAUACCUCGAAAGCCAGUAAUGAAUUUUGCUUCCUCUACUUUUAAUAUCUCUCUCACUAUACUUUGUACAACGUUAUGAAUGUGAUUCCUUACACACUAAAAUGACUUUUGUGCUCUUAAAGAAUUUUUAAUUUUUUUAACAAUGUUUUUUGAACUUUGGAACAUAAAAUUAGCUAUAAAUAGUAGAGGGUAACAUUAACUUUCUUCUGGUAUCUUAGAAUCUCGUUUGGUGCGGCAGAAUAUUUAAGGCUAAGUAAUUAUUUUCAAUUGAACACAGAGAAUAAUAAACAAAUUGGAUAAAUAACUUAGAACUUACUCUACAACAAAUUAACUGAACAAUAUAAAUGCACGAAAAUAGUGUACUAGCUUUUGUACUUUUCAAAUUCUUUAUACCUUAAAAUUUAAUAUUUUAAUCUAAAUCAAUUCGAUAAGACACUAAUUCGAAGUAAAU